GAGUGAGAGUAAGAGGAGGAGAAUGGAGAGCAUGAACCUGCAUAGGAAACGCAACUGAGACAUCAAGCCGUGUCUAACCUGCACCUCCUGGGCUGCUGACUGAACUCACUGACACAGAUCUUUAGCUUGUUUGUUGAUAGAGGGAGGAGGAACCAUGGGACCUAGAACAUGGAGCAUAUUUAUUUUGUUUUGUCUGUCUUUCUGGGGCGACAGCCAAGCCCUCACAAAGCACCCCAUCCUCUCCAGGAUACGAAGGGCUCCAGAGGCCAAUGGAGAAAGCAAGAAGUGCUCCUACACCUUCCUGGUUCCUGAGCAGAAGAUCACAGGACCCAUCUGUGCCGCCCGCGGAUAUUCAAACGACAAGGACCGAGUGACGCGCCUGGAUGUGGCUUCAGUGCGCGACCUUCUGUCGAAGCAGCGUAGGGAGAUGGAGACCCUGAAGCUGGUGGUGGAUGUGGACGGCAACUUGGUGAAUGAGAUGAAGCUGUUGAGGAAAGAGAGCAGGAACAUGAACUCUAGAGUGACCCAGCUCUACAUGCAACUGCUGCACGAGAUCAUCAGGAAGAGGGAUAACUCGCUAGAGCUGGCACAGCUGGAGACACGGAUCCUCAACGCAACCACAGAGUCCCUGCGCCUGGGAUCCAGGUACAGGGAACUGGAGGCCAAAUACGCAGCCCUGUCUGCAGUAGUGAACAACCAGUCAGUGCUGAUUGGAGCCCUGGAGGAGCGCUGUAUGCAGGUGUACAGCCGCAGACAUGACCAGCCACCCUUGGGACCUCCACUUGUGCAGGUGGUGCCCGAGAACAUUCCUGUUAAUGUGCCACGUUUCACCAAUGAGAUCCAGAGGGACAACAGCCGAGGCUUGCCCCGGGAAAGGGGCUCUCGCUCUGGGCCGUCACCCACAAGUGGCACCUUGGAAGUUCAGAAACCUCCACAUAGAAACUUCAGCACUGAAGGCCUGUUCAGAGACUGUCUCGCGGCGCAGGAAGCUGGCCACAGCACCAGCGGCAUGUACCUGAUCAGACCAGACGAAGCAGAGAGGCCUGUCCAGGCCUGGUGUGAACAGGAUAUAGACAACGGGGGCUGGACCGUAAUCCAGAGCAGGAGAGACGGCUCUGUUAACUUCUUCAGGAACUGGGAUAACUACAAGAGCGGCUUUGGCAACAUAGACGGGGAAUACUGGCUCGGUCUGGAAGGCAUCUACAACCUGGGGAGGCAGGGGGACUACAAGCUGCUGGUGGAGCUGGAGGAUUGGAUGGACAAGAAGGUCUACGCUCAGUACAGCAGCUUCCAUCUAGAGCCUGAGAGCGAGGGUUUCCGCCUGCGGCUGGGCACCUACCAGGGCAACGCCGGGGACUCCCUGAGCAGCCACAACGGCAAACCGUUCACUACUCUGGAUCGAGACAAGGAUGCAUUCUCAGGUAACUGUGCCCAUUUCCACAAAGGAGGCUGGUGGUACAACGCUUGCGGCCAAGCCAAUCUUAACGGUGUCUGGUACACCGGAGGCGUUUACCGCAGCAAAUUCCAAGAUGGGAUCUUCUGGGCGGACUACGGCGGAGGCUUCUACUCUAUGAAGUCUGUCCGUAUGCUGAUCAGGCCCAUCGACUGAGGAGAUACUGUAAGCCAGGCUGGUCCAGGGGUAACUGUGGAGGCCUGGGGCAAACUUGAACCUCAUUCUGUGACUGUAUAUGUCAUCAGCAAUUGGUUGAUCCUAGACAGAAGAACUACACCAAUGGAGAUUACCAACCAGCAGUAGUGACUUGAACUGCAUCCCGUUACAGACAUGAACUCUGCGGGAAACAUUGUUCUCUUUAUAUCAUAAUAGAUACACAUAGAGGGAUUUAGGGGACAUGAGGACUAUUUAAAGUAAGCCAUACAGCUCUUUUAAUAACCAAAUACAUAUGUUGUUGAAGGGAUAUUUAAGGCCAAUUUGCAGCUAAAUAAUGCAAGCUGUCUGUCUAACUAAGAGACCGCAGUGUUUUCCUCAUUACUAGGUCCCCCCCAUUGAGACGAGGCACCACAUCCUAACAGACAUUCACUGAUAUUGAUGUCCUUCAUAAGCUUUAGCAUAACAGGAUCUAAAUGCAGCUUUUCCUACCUCGCCAAGAUAAACGUGUGGGUGAAAUGCUCAUACAUGGUGCUUAACUUGUGCUAUGAGCUGGAAAAUGCAUUUUUUUAAUACCUAUAUUGAUCUAUUUAGACUCCUUAUCUAUUUCCAUAUCUGAAAAGGCCAACAUUGUAAGGAGUUGGAGAAACAAAGGGUGUUUUAAGACAUGGAAUAUGUACAAUUGAUUACACAAAAAUUGUCUCUCUCUGCACUUAAAAUGACCUUUAUACUGUAUGUUAAACUACUUUUUGACCAGAAACGAUAAUUUAUGUGUACAAUUAACUUAUCAUAACAGUGAAAAGGGCCAGGUGUCCUGAGGGAACAGUAAACGAUCCUACAGAAAAUAGAACUAAUUUCCUCCACUGUUUAAAUGACAAUCAUUCUGAAAGUGUGCUUGCACGUAUGAAAAUUGCUGUUGUAUGUUUUUCUCAUUUGGCUCUUGAUUAAAUUUCAGUAUGACUCUGGGAAAACGAGCAUUGUUGGAGGGAAAAAAAGAUGGAAUUAAGUUGUGUUUUGUUUGGUUUUGCGAGCACAAAAAAUAUGCCAACCAAGCGUGUUGAGAGUUAUAGGCAAUGGGACAGACAACGAGAAACACAUUGCUGAAAGCCAGACAGGAUGAAGAAAGAAAAAAGAGAGGAGAGAGGAGGGAGGGGAGCGGGAUGAACGGAGAUGGAAAUUUUCCAAAUUUCCAAGUUAUUUUCCCCCCUCUUCCUUUUAAAUACACAGACAUUUACAUUCUUUCCACACAAAAGUGCUUAAACUGUAUGUUUUUGUAAAAUAUCUUUCAUUGACAAAGUCACGGCAGCUCUCUGUAAUCACCGUUAUGGAAGGAAAGCGGCAUCCUUUUGGGGAAACCAUUCGAGAGGGGAGGGGAGCUGGGGGGUUUUUUGUUUGUUUUUUAACUUGUGGUUCGGCUUUUAACAACAUCCAACAGUCUUUGGACUUUCAGUUAAAAAUAUAACCUCAUGUUGUUCUGUAUUUCUUAAUGACCACAAAGUCCCUCACACCCAUCUCUUUAACAAACAUUUAUAAAGCAACAAAACACAAAGCAAGGAGACCGGUCAAACCCAGCUCAACAUGGAAACAUGUUUAUGAACAUGUAAAAAAGCAGCAUCCAAUAAAAACUACGUUAUAAUGUUAAAAUUAAACUGUAAUGAAAGCUGAAACCAUUGAGUCACAAUUCUUGGUAGAACAAUAGUACACAACUGACUGUGAAUAAACGGAGAACAUUUAGGGUCACUUCAGAGGACAUUCUUGUUCUUUCGGAUUUUAAAGGAACUCCUUUCAUGUGCCAUGCUGGUUUAUAACCAAGUCGUAAUUAGUGCUUGACUUGUUUGUUUUUAACCUUUGUUUCAGAUUACAUGCCCAUUCCAAACAUGUGUUGUGGGUGUGAGUCACAGAGAUGAAAUGUUGCUAUUUUUCCAGCAGACACUGUUGGUCUACAGAGGGAAUUUAAUUGCAUUUAUCAGAAAUAAGAGUUCUAUUAAAUGUGCGUGACUGUAUGCCUUGUGUUGGCGUGAAAAUGUCUCAAGGAGACGGAUGAGUACAUGGCAGAGGCAUCUCGCUUCAAGUGGUGACACAUUCUUUUGAUGACUG